AUAUAUAUAUAUAUAUAUAUAUAUAUAUAUAUAUAGGUUGGAUGCUUGGAGCCACAACUCUCCUUCCUCCUUCACAUAUUUCCCUUCUUUCUACCAACCAUCACAUGUAACCUGCCAAUUUCUAUCUCUUUCUAUUUUAGUUUACAAACCUUGAACAAAAAUGGAGAAGCAACCGACUGCAAAACAUGAAAAAAGAGCACAAAAAACCAGCAAGAAAGCACCAGUUAAAGUUGUUUACAUCUCUAACCCUAUGAAAAUCAAGGCCUCCCCAUCUGAAUUCCGAGCUGUGGUCCAACAACUUACAGGCAGAUACGCCACCUCCCCGCCUUCUUCGCAUGAACUCCCCGGAAUCGUGAACAAAGAUAACCUCGAUGACCAAGAAGACGAUGACAACGCAGAAGCAGAAGUAGGUUUUGGCACUGGUGGGGUGCAUCAUCAACAGACGUGGCAUCGUAGUCAUGCUACUAGAUCAGAUCUUUGUUAUGAAUCACGUUGUCGAGAAGAUCAAGCAGUGACUGAUGAUUUUAUCAUCACCCCACAGAUGCUUGAUGGUUUUUCCCCACUGUUGCCUUCUGAGUUCGGGUCUUGAUUGCUAGGGCACAAAUAAAAGCAGCCCUUAAUUAAUCCUUAUGGUUGGAUUCAUGUAUUAUUUAAUAAAACCUUUGAGAGAUAUAUCUAAAAAAAAGUGUGUGGUAACGUGUUUCAUCUCUAAGGUAGCUAGGUUAAAGAUAUAUAGUUAUUGGUGUUUGAAUCGUUGCAUAUAUAGUGUGACUGAAACUCUUUUUGAAUGA